CUGAUGUUACUUGAUACUUUAAGAUUGUGAGCUAAAGUAUCAAAAUGAUUUGUAAAUGUAUUUUAUUAAUUUCAACACUAAUAGUGGUUCAAUGUAGAUCAAUAUUGAAAGACGAACAAGUGGAAAUUCCAAAAAUAAUAUUAAAAUCGGAGUGGAGUACUAAAUCAAUAAAAGCCCAAGUUCAGCGAUUACAGGAGAACCCACCUUCCUAUGUUGUUAUUCAUCAUUCUGCGACAGAUACUUGUACUACGAGAGCAAUAUGUCAAGCUCGAAUAAGAAAUUUUCAGGAUUAUCACAUAAGAACUAAAAAGUGGAAUGAUAUAGGAUAUAACUUUUUGAUUGGAGAAGAUGGUAAUAUAUAUGAAGGUCAGGGUUGGGACGUAGCUGGUAAUCACACAAGCAAGUAUAAUGAAAUGAGCAUUGGAAUUUGCAUAAUUGGAAACUAUAAUAAUCGUGUUCCUAAUCAAGGCGCAAUAAGAGCAGUUCAACUUUUAAUUGAGUACGGCAUAUCUUCAAAUAAAAUAAAUGAAAAAUACUCACUUAUUGGUCAUCGACAAGCUGGACAUACCAAUUGUCCUGGUGAUAAAUUGUAUGAACUUCUAAAAACCUGGACUCAUUGGACUAAAUUAAUGUAAAAAACUGAUUACUUAAAUCUAAGUGUAUAAUAUGAAUGUUCAUGAAACAAUUUAUAACUAUUGGGAAACUUUCUUUUAUAUAAUAUCAUAGUAAUAAACAGUUUUAUUAUAAAAAUACACUCUGU